GACGGAACCUCCCAGCUAUAUAUACGAGGAUUCUGCUGUUGCUUCUGCUUCUGUUACUCGCGCCGACUCUUCGCCGUCUGGACGAGUAGCGUCACUUCUCUAUUUUCCCGGCUCAUCAUCAUCUCUGCGCAAUCAAAAUGCGUGAGUGCAUCUCCAUCCACGUGGGCCAGGCUGGUGUCCAGAUUGGCAAUGCAUGCUGGGAGCUCUAUUGCCUGGAGCACGGCAUCCAGCCGGACGGGCAGAUGCCCAGUGAUAAGACCAUCGGAGGAGGGGACGACUCCUUCAACACCUUCUUCAGUGAGACGGGAGCAGGCAAGCACGUCCCCAGGGCUGUGUUUGUGGAUCUGGAGCCCACUGUAAUUGAUGAGGUGCGCACUGGGACUUACCGCCAGCUGUUCCACCCUGAGCAGCUCAUCACUGGAAAAGAAGAUGCUGCCAACAACUACGCUCGCGGCCACUACACCAUCGGCAAAGAGAUCAUCGACCUGGUGCUGGACAGGAUCCGCAAACUGGCGGACCAGUGCACAGGCCUGCAGGGCUUCCUGGUCUUCCACAGCUUUGGAGGAGGUACUGGCUCUGGUUUCACCUCCCUGCUGAUGGAACGCCUGUCCGUUGACUACGGCAAGAAAUCCAAGCUGGAGUUCUCCAUCUACCCAGCUCCCCAGGUGUCCACAGCUGUGGUGGAGCCCUACAACUCCAUCCUGACCACCCACACCACCUUAGAGCACUCUGACUGCGCCUUCAUGGUCGACAACGAGGCCAUCUAUGACAUCUGCCGUAGAAACCUCGAUAUCGAGCGCCCCACCUACACCAACCUCAACCGGCUCAUUAGCCAGAUUGUGUCCUCCAUCACAGCCUCCCUACGAUUCGAUGGUGCCCUCAAUGUUGAUCUGACAGAGUUCCAGACCAACUUGGUGCCCUAUCCCCGAAUCCACUUCCCUCUGGCUACCUAUGCCCCAGUGAUCUCUGCUGAGAAGGCUUACCAUGAGCAGCUUUCUGUGUCAGAGAUCACCAAUGCCUGCUUUGAACCAGCCAAUCAGAUGGUGAAAUGCGAUCCCCGUCAUGGCAAGUACAUGGCCUGCUGCCUGUUGUACCGUGGUGACGUGGUGCCCAAAGACGUAAACGCCGCCAUCGCCACCAUCAAGACCAAACGCACCAUCCAGUUUGUGGACUGGUGCCCCACUGGUUUCAAGGUUGGCAUCAACUACCAGCCGCCCACCGUGGUUCCUGGUGGAGACCUGGCCAAGGUGCAGAGAGCGGUGUGCAUGCUGAGCAACACCACCGCUAUCGCCGAGGCCUGGGCCCGCCUGGACCACAAGUUCGAUCUGAUGUACGCCAAGCGCGCCUUCGUGCACUGGUACGUGGGAGAGGGCAUGGAGGAGGGAGAGUUCUCUGAGGCCAGAGAAGACAUGGCCGCCCUGGAGAAGGAUUAUGAGGAGGUGGGGGUUGACUCCAUCGAAGGCGAAGGAGAAGAGGAGGGAGAGGAGUAGUAAAGGUGCUACACUUACGUGGAAAUAACUCACUAUAAAAUCUCAUUUUAUCCAUACGUGAAUCUACUGACAUCUGUGGAAGGUGGGAGGUGGCAGGAUGGCAGGCUCUUUGUAAUCACAUAGUAAGAAUCUUUAAAAGAUUAACUGUUUGAUAGUUGUCAGAUCUGUGAUCAUGGUGUUUGAUUUAAUUUAAUGUUUUGGCAUAUUAUUUAUUUCCCAUCACAUAAAAUUUUUAUCAAAAAAAGAA